UGUGCCCAAAAGGUUGCUAGUGCAUUCCCCCCGUCCCACCUGCUAGAGCAGACUGGGCUGUGGGGAAAAAACAGCCCUGCCAAAUUGGGGCUUGCCAUGCAGACUUUGCUCUAGCCCAGUUGUCUGGGCUGCCCUUCAUUUGCCUGAGGCAAGAAGCAGGAGCUGAAACACGAGGAUGCACUGCUUUGGGGUCCCCCUCCUCCUCCUCCUCCCCUGUCAGGUCGUCUUCCCAUGUGCUCAGGCACAAAUGCUGACCUUUCCAGAAUCCAGCACCGACCUGAAGAGGCAGAAGAGGGACCAGUGGCUUAUGUCUCCAGUAUCCGUCUCUGAGAAUGAAAAGGGUCCCUUCCCCAAGACCCUGGUGCAGAUACGUUCUAGCAAGGAUAAAGAAGCCACAGUUUUCUACCGCAUCACUGGGGCCGGUGCAGACAGACCUCCUGCACGCAUCUUCGUGAUUGAGAGAGAGACAGGCUGGCUGAAGGUGACCCGCCCCUUGGACAGAGAGCACAUCAACAAAUAUGUUCUCUUAAUUCAUGCUCAAACUGCAAAUGGGCAGCCCCUGGUGGACCCCAUGGAGAUCAUCAUCCGUGUGAAGGAUCAGAAUGACAACAGGCCCCAGUUCACUCAGAGUCUCUUCUGUGGAUCCAUAGCAGAAGGAGCCACAGCAGGUACCUCUGUGAUGCAAGUGUCAGCCACUGAUAAAGAUGAUACUGUGGAUACUUUCCAUGGGGUCAUUACCUACUCCAUCCUCAGCCAGCACCCCGCACAGCCACACAGCCCCAUGUUUGGCAUCAACAAUGAAACAGGGGUCAUCAGUGUGAGCACACCAGGCCUUCUCCAAGAGAACCCUUCCAAAUACACUCUGAUUCUGGGGGCUACAGAUAUGCUAGGGGCAGGCUUGAGCACCACAGCAACAGCGAUUAUUAGCAUCAGGACUGGGACCCCACCCAUGGAGGUUGCUGCUUCCGAGGAGGAGUGCUUCCGCCACACUAUCCUGACUGCCCAUGCGCUGAACUUGCUCACCGGCCUCCCUGCAACAGGCCUGGCCAUGCGCCUCUCUCAGCUGGAGGGUCUCCAAAAGCAGUGGGCAGAGCUCAUGAGGAGCACAACAAACACAGACGGGCGCUUGGACAUGAGCAGCCAGUUGCCCAGGACCCUGAAGCCUGGCACCUACAAGGUGCACUUUGAGACAGGGGAGUAUUGGCAGAAACAGGGAUACACCAGCUUCUACCCUUAUGUGGAGGUCGUCUUCACCAUCACAAAGGCGGAACAAAAAGUGCACAUCCCUCUGCUGCUCAGUCCCUAUGGCUACUCCACCUACAGGGGGAACUAGGAAGAGAGAAAGGGCUGCGUGGAGGGGGGUUGCUCCAGCCAACCAGAGGGCCUGUUCUGAGGGCCAGCGUGACACUAUGGAUCAAGGGCUGGAGCUGUGGCCUCUGGCACAACGGUCAGGCUCUCUCUCAGUAAACAUGAGACUAACCCAAA